AUGUCUACGGUUUCUAAAGAUGAUAACUUGGCUCUUUCUUCUGAGGAUUCUUCUAGCCCGGAUGAGUCUGAGCUUGAAUUGGGCCUUGGCUUGAGUCUUUCUCAUCCUGCUAAGUCACACCAGUAUCAUCAUCAUGGUAACUAUGCUAGGAUUUUCACUGCUAAGGAUUUUUCUUCUUCACCUUCCUCUGCUGGAACUAAGAGACCUGCUGAUUCUCUUGAUGCUACCAACCGUACCAGUCAAGUAGUUGGAUGGCCUCCCCUUCGAACAUAUCGAGUGAAUAGCUUUAACGCCAACGUGAAAUCAACUGAAGCAUUCGACUCUGUUGCUGAGAAGAACAAGAACAAUAAUACUGGGGCAAGGAAGAGUGCUGACAACGGAAAGGAUGAUAAUAACAUUAAUGUCAAAGAUAAAAGAAACCUCAGGAAUUCCCCUUUUGUCAAAGUAAAUAUGGAUGGAGUACCGAUUGGAAGAAAGGUUGAUUUGAGCGCUCACAGUUCCUACGAAACAUUGGCACAGACAUUGGAGGACAUGUUUGACGAAUCAACAACAGGCGUCACUUGCAAAGGAACAAACGCGGAGGAUCACAACAUGACUAUCAGAGGAGAAAAGCUUUCGAUCCUGUUGGAUGGAUCUUCCAAGUUUGUUCUCACUUAUGAAGACAAGGAAGGAGAUUGGAUGCUUGUUGGAGAUGUUCCAUGGGGAAUGUUCCUUAGUUCCGUGAAGAGACUAAGAAUCAUGAGAACAUCCGAGGCUAAUGGACUUGCACCAAGAUCGGAAGAAAAGAGCAGCAGACCGAAAAGCAAGCCGAAAUAG